AUGGCGAGCUUGGCCCCUGUUGAGCACAGAAAUCAAGAUGCAACCGUUUAUGUUGGAAACCUAGAUACCGCCUGCACAGAAAAUAUGCUGAUGGAGUUGUUUGUGCAGGUUGGGAGAGUCAAGUCUGUAUACAUGCCGAAAGACAAGGUUACUCAAGCACAUAAUGGAUAUGGAUUUAUUGAGUUUCUUGAUGUUAUUGAUGCCGAUUACGCCAUAACAAUAAUGAAUAUGAUCAAGGUAUAUGGCCGUCCAUUAAAGGUUUCGAAGAGUUCCUUGAACAACAAGGCAGAGCUCUCGCGCGAUGUAGGUGCCAAUCUGUUCAUCGGAAAUCUUGAUCCAGGUGACGUCGAUGAGAAUUUGCUUUAUGAUACCUUCUCAUCCUUCGGAACAUUGAUCCGACAACCGCGGAUUAUGAGGGAUGAAGCUACAAAUGAAUCGAAAGGGUUCGGUUUUGUUUCGUUUGAUUGCUUCGAAAGUUCAGAUAAUGCAAUCGAGUGUAUGAACGGGCAAUUUCUGGGGAACCGCCAAAUUGUUGUGCAAUAUGCGUUCAAGAAGGACACUGCUGUGGAGUUCUCGGAAUCUAUUGGUCGUCCCUCUGGUUCUGCUAUAGAGCGGCAUGGCUCCAGGGCAGAGAGAAUGCUGGCUGCUCAGCGACGAUCACAACAACAAAAGCAACAUCACAACCAAAUUCCUGUACCGCCGCUACCCGGAGUUAUAUUCAACCAGUCGCAUGCAGUAAUGCCAGGAAUGCACGCAAUACCGCCACCUCCCCCAGCUUCUCUGCCUCCAUUGCCGCCGACCAGGCCGCCACCUCCACCCCCAGCAUCAUUGCCUCCACCAACGCCUCCUAACACUAAUGCAAAUCGAAUAAUGUAA